AUAACAUGUUAAAAUAAUACUUUUUUCAAUAAUACUAAGUACAUUUCUCCUGUUUUUUUUUUUUUUUACUUUUUAGAUGUGGUUAUUAGAAAGUUUGAAAUUACAGGUUUAAUUCACCUUGUGUUUCUGCUAGCCAGCACUGGUCUAAGCUGUAUCAUGACAUCUAGAGUUUCUUAUAACCUGGACUCAGUUACCUUUUUGGCCUUAUCUUCCAGCCCUUCCUGUCCCUCGCAGAAUUUCUCAUAACCCCCAGACUCACCAGCCCUGUUUAUAUUUAUGGGUUUUAAUUUUUUUCACAUUCAGUUUCUUCUAUCUGAAAUGUCCCUCCUUUUCUUUUUUGGCUGUCAAAAAUCCUGCUCAGACUUUUAGGACUGGACUUAAUUGUCCUGUGCUGAUGACGUUAUGCUGAAUUUUUCCUCAAGCCGAAUUAGCUACUCCUUCCCAUGCAGUGUCUCUCAGCACCUCCAUUAUUGUACUUGUCUUGUUGUUCUGCCAUUAGGUGCCUUCUUAAGUAGACUCCUCAAGGGAGAGGCUGCAACUUAUUUCUCUGAUGACCCGAGGGCAAUACCUAGUGUGUAGUAACCACAUAAUGGAUAUUUGUUACAUGAACUUAUGAAUUAAUUUCAUCCUGCUACACACACUGCUGUUUUUAUAUGCAUCAGACUUUGAUCAUCUUAACCAUUGGCCAUAGAAAAAAUUAGAUGCUGAGGAACACCUAAUAGGACUGGACCUUUCAGCCUUAACCUCAAUUUCAGGUUUUGUGUUCAAUAAAAUGGCAUUUUUUCUCACUGGGUGGCCUAUGAUUAAAAAAUUAUAAAAUCCAUGAAUAUUGUAUAGACCGAAAGUAUAAAAGGACAGUAUAAAUUACUGCUUUUUACCUAUCUUGUUUAUAGGGAUUUCAUAUAAGAUUUUGUUUGAUUGAAGAUUUCACUUCUAAACAAGUUUGGAAAGCCACCAUUUUAUUACGAAAUUUGAUUUACAUUUCUAUACCAAAAGUUUCAUUUUGGUUUUGAUGAAAUGAUUUCUAUUAUCAUGUUAGUUCCCAUAGGGCAAGACUUCUUAACUUUAGUUGCACAAAAUUGGGAAGCUUUUCAAAAAUAGUAAUGCCUAGGCGCUCCACUCAGGGAUCCUUGUAUAAUUGAGCUGGAAGAAAGGGGCCCAGGCACCAGUAUUUAAGAAAAGCACAAAUACCUGUAAUAAAAUGAUUCUGCAGUGCUUAGAAAACCAGGUAGUUAACUAUGAAAAUACUGAAGUUUUAAAUUUCUAAUUUUUCUUUCUUUUUGUUAACUAUAUUGUCAUUGUCUUUCAACUGUAUUGUAUUGUCUUUCUUGGGGGUAAAGCGAAUGCAAUCUAAAGUUUGUACUAUGAUUUUGAGACCCCAAACAGCAUUUAAUAGAUGCCAUCAUCUGUGGACAAUUUUCCUAAGGCUUCUGAAAUUAAAAAUUUCUUUUCUGUCACUCUCCAAAAACCUACAUGCAGCAGAAUUUUAAUGUCCCUUAUUGAUAGAAAUAGCUAACACAACCCCUAUUUCAGAUCAUGGAAAUGAGGACUGACAAGGGCAGUGGGUUUAAGAAGUUUACACAGGUAGUGGCCUUCCUGGCACCCUUUUUAGCCUGAAUAAACAGUACUUCCCUGACAAAUCCUCUGUAGCUCUGCCACGUUGAUAAAAUCUGACAUUCUGGUUAAUCACUUUUUAAUGAUAUUCUCCUUUUGUUCUUGGUAUGUUAGAAACCAGCCCCCCACCCUUUUUUUAGAGUGUGGGAAAGAAUUAACUUUAAUUUCCUAAUUCAGUAAAAUGGGCUGAUAAUGCAAACGUUAUUCUUAGGGGGACAGGAAGAAAGAACCUGAUUUCUGUAUAUCAAAUACAUCUUCAUAUAUUUAAAAAUAUACAGAGUUACAAAGUACCUUCAAUCCUUUAGAGGAGAAACUGGGGUAAAUACUGGAGACAUUGUGAAAAAAUUCUAUAAAUUCUGAUGGCAGGUUCUGUUUGAUUGCUCUGUACUAUUAAAAGUACAGAUGUACAGCUGGGCACGGUGGCUCAAGCCUGUAAUCCCAGCACUUUGGGAGGCCGAGACGGGUGGAUCACAAGGUCAACAGAUCGAGACCAUCCUGGUCAACAUGGUGAAACCCUGUCUCUACUAAAAAUACAAAAAAUUAGCUGGGCAUGGUGGCACCUGCCUGUAAUCUCAGCUACUCAGGAGUCUGAGGCAGGAGAAUUGCCUGAACCCAGGAGGCGGAGGUUGCGGUGAGCUGAGAUCACGCCAUUGUACUCCAGCCUGGGUAACAAGAGUGAAACUCCAUCUCUAAAUAAAUAAAUAAAUAAAUAAAUAAAAAUAAAAGUGCAGAUGUAAAUGAGCAUAAGUUUUGCAGGUUGUCAAUUUGUUACAAACAGCUGCAUGUUCUUAUUCUUCUAAAGUGUCAUCUCUUUCAAUGUGGGCUCUUUGUGGGGUGGGGAAAAACGUCAGAAAAAAAUACACAUUUGGGAUGAAAUCCUUAGGGCAGAAAAAAGAAUCAAAACCUAUAGUUAACUUGGUUAUUUGCAGUGGUGGUAUGUCAUCCUGUGUGAGACUGACGUCAGGCAACUUGAAUGCAGAGGCAAACUUUGGGAGCGUGUGAGAGAGAGAGAGAGAGAGAGAGAGUGAGUGUGUGUGUGUGUGUGUGUGUAUGUGUGUGUGUGUGUGUGUGUGUAUCUCAAGAAUGUACCUAUUUUUAACAUGCUGGAUCAAGUGUCAGCACUCAGUAGGAGAUGAGGAAGGGGUAGAGCCUGACUUGUACAGAUUCCUCGGAUGGUAAAUGGCCCUCUGGCGUGUUUACAAUACAGCUGUGCAUUCUUAAUGACUCUGCUGCUGCCAUGUCAGAGAGCAGCUGUCUGCUUCAGAAAGUGAGGGCUCCAGGAAUGAGGAGAAUCAUCACGAGCUGCCUCUCAUUGUGGCAUGUCUGAUCCCUUGCUCCCGUCCCUGUAGCAUGAACAAGGUGGACAUUCACUGACCUGUCACAAGGUUGCCCCACAAAGCUUUGGGGUCCAUGUCUGAAUGGAUUACCGGAGCCUUCUCAUCUUUCCCUUCGCCCAGUUCCCUGCAUCCUAAGACUCGAAGCCAGCACCAGCACAGGACCUGGAAAAAUUACAUGGUGUGAACGGUAUGUCUGUGGAUGAGAAGCCUGACUCCCCCAUGUAUGUGUAUGAGUCCACAGUUCACUGCACCAACAUCCUCCUGGGCCUCAAUGACCAGCGGAAAAAGGAUAUUCUCUGUGAUGUGACUUUGAUCGUGGAGAGGAAGGAGUUCCGGGCCCACCGGGCUGUGCUGGCCGCAUGCAGUGAAUACUUUUGGCAGGCGCUAGUCGGACAGACAAAAAAUGACUUGGUGGUCAGCUUGCCUGAGGAGGUCACGGCCAGGGGCUUUGGGCCGCUGUUACAGUUUGCCUACACUGCCAAGCUGUUACUCAGCAGAGAAAACAUCCGCGAGGUCAUCCGCUGUGCUGAGUUCCUGCGCAUGCACAACCUGGAGGACUCCUGCUUCAGCUUCCUGCAGACCCAGCUCCUGAACAGCGAGGAUGGCCUGUUUGUAUGCCGGAAGGAUGCUGCGUGCCAGCGCCCACAUGAGGACCUCGCGGACCGUGAGAACUCUGCAGGAGAGGAGGAGGAAGAAGAGGAGGAGACGAUGGAUUCAGAGACACCCAAGAUGGCUUGCCCCAGGGACCAGAUGCUUCCAGAGCCCAUCAGCUUUGAGGCCGCUCCCAUCCCCAUAGCAGAAAAGGAAGAGACCCUGCUGCCUGAGCCCGACGUGCCCACAGACACCAAGGAGAGCUCAGAAAAGGAUGCGUUGACGCAGUACCCCAGAUACAAGAAAUACCAGCUUGCAUGUACCAAGAAUGUCUAUAAUGCAUCAUCACACAGUACCUCAGGUUUUGCAAGCACAAACGGGGAAGAUAACUCUAACAACAGCCUCAAGCCGGGUCUUUCCAUGGGGCAGAUUAAAAGUGAGCCGCCCAGUGAAGAGAAUGAGGAAGAGAGCAUCACGCUCUGCCUGUCUGGAGAUGAGCCUGACGCCAAGGACAGAGUGGGAGACGUCGAGAUGGACCGGAAACAGCCCAGCCCUGCCCCUACCCCUACGGCCCCAAUCGCAGCCGCCUGCCUGGAACGAUCCAGGAGCGUGGCCUCACCCUCCUGCUUGAGGUCUCUGUUCAGCAUAACAAAAAGUGUGGAGCUGUCUGGACUGCCCAGUACAUCUCAGCAGCACUUUGCCAGGAGUCCAGCGUGCCCUUUUGACAAGGGGAUCACUCAGGGUGACCUUAAAACUGACUACACCCCUUUCACAGGGAAUUAUGGACAGCCGCACGUGGGCCAGAAGGAAGUGUCUAACUUCACAGUGGGGUCGCCCCUCAGGGGGCCUGGGUUGGAGGCUCUCUGUAAACAGGAGGGAGAGCUGGACCGAAGGAGUGUGAUCUUCUCCUCCAGUGCUUGUGACCAAGUAAGCACCUCGGUGCAUUCGUAUUCUGGGGUGAGCAGUUUGGACAAAGACCUCUCUGAGCCGGUGCCAAAGGGUCUGUGGGUGGGAGCUGGCCAGUCCCUCCCCAGCUCGCAGGCCUACUCCCACGGUGGGCUGAUGGCCGACCAUUUGCCAGGAAGGAUGAGGCCCAACACCAGCUGCCCGGUGCCAAUCAAAGUCUGCCCUCGCUCACCCCCUUUGGAGACCAGGACCAGGACUUCCAGCUCCUGCUCCUCCUAUUCCUACGCAGAGGAUGGGAGCGGGGGCUCGCCCUGCAGCCUCCCUCUCUGUGAGUUCUCCUCCUCACCCUGUUCCCAGGGAGCCAGAUUCCUUGCCACAGAACAUCAGGAACCAAGCCUGAUGGGAGAUGGAAUGUACAACCAAGUGCGGCCCCAAAUUAAAUGUGAGCAGUCUUACGGAACCAACUCCAGUGAUGAAUCCGGAUCAUUCUCGGAAGCAGACAGUGAGUCGUGUCCUGUGCAGGACAGGGGCCAGGAGGUAAAACUUCCUUUUCCUGUAGAUCAGAUCACGGAUCUUCCAAGGAACGAUUUCCAGAUGAUGAUUAAGAUGCACAAGCUAACCUCAGAACAGUUAGAGUUCAUUCAUGAUGUCCGACGGCGCAGCAAGAACCGCAUCGCGGCCCAGCGCUGCCGCAAGAGGAAACUGGACUGUAUUCAGAAUUUAGAAUGUGAAAUCCGCAAAUUGGUUUGUGAGAAAGAGAAACUGUUGUCAGAGAGGAAUCAGCUGAAAGCAUGCAUGGGAGAACUGCUGGACAACUUCUCCUGCCUUUCCCAGGAAGUCUGCCGAGACAUCCAGAGCCCCGAGCAGAUCCAGGCCCUGCAUCGGUAUUGCCCUGUCCUCAGACCCAUGGACCUGCCCACAGCCUCCAGUAUUAACCCUGCGCCCCUGGGUGUCGAACAGAACCUUGCAGCCUCCCAGUGCGCAGUGGGGGAAAAUGUGCCCUGCUGCUUGGAGCCAGGUGCGGCUCCCCCUGGACCACCGUGGGCACCCAGCAACACCUCCGAGAAUUGUACCUCUGGGAGGAGGCUAGAAGGCACUGACCCAGGAACCUUUUCUGAGAGAGGACCUCCUCUUGAACCCAGGAGCCAAACAGUGACCGUGGACUUCUGCCAGGAAAUGACUGAUAAGUGUACAACUGAUGAACAGCCCAGGAAAGAUUACACCUAGUGACUCGGCUCUGCCUCCCAGUCCGCACACCUCUCCCAUCCAGGCGUUCUUCAGUCAGCCUGUGGCACUGUUCAUCUGCUGUCCCGAAGAAACCGAAAACACAUUUGGUGCACACUACAGCGGUCUUAGCAGCAAUACUGUUCCGAAGUAUUCUCUCCUCUUCUCGAGCAGGAGUGAUAGAUAGUUACCUUCACAAUGGUGCUACCCCUUGCCCAGGCAGGGAAAGACAGCAGUGAUGACACUGUCUGUCUGUGGCUCAAUUUCAGUCUUCACAGGGAUAGACUACAACACCUCUAGGCCCCAACCACGGAUUUUUUUUCUCAGUGGCCCAUGUCACAAACCCUAUCUCAGGAAUUUCUUCUGAAUGUUCAAUUUUUUUCAUUGAAGACAGCUUCUAUACACAUCAAAGUUUUAUAGCUAGACUGUACAUAUUAUAUAUAAUAUAUACAAAAUAUAUAUAUAUAUCCAUAUGCAAAAGUCCUGCAUGCCUCAACUUUCUCAUCCUAAAACUGGAAACUUCAUUUCUCAUUUAGAAACAGGUUCCAACAUUCCUCUUCUUUUGUCUCUGAUGCUAGAACUAGUUUAGUAACUGUUAACAUGGUCAUUUUUCUUGCUUCACAGUUCGAUUUUCAAUUUGUACUUAUUUAUGGACAAAAUUCAGUAUUGGAAGCUUUUUCCCAAGGUUUUAUUUCAGCUCUUUUUUACAUUUGGUUUGGUUUUGGCACCACCAGAUGGUGUCAUUUGAGCAUUGUGGGUUUCUUUUUUGUUUGUUUGGUGGGGGGGGGAUGGUUAUUUUUUUUUUUCCUUGCAGAUACUGUACAGUAAUGGUCAACUUUGCCACUUGCACUGAGUUUUGGGUCAAACCUAUUUUCUUAAAUGAAGUUGUAACUUCAGUAUAACUCAAGUAUACUGUAUAUUCUUUGCUUUUAGUUAAAAAAGUAAAACAUUUUAGCUAAUUAAAAAGCACUCAGGUGAUAAUUAUGUAGGAAAAACAAUCUUGCCAAAUAACUAAUUCAUCCUAGGAUGUGUAGACAAUAAUCUGCUUGAAUAUUUUUAUAUUUCACCUCCUCCCCACCUUUCCCUAAGCAAAGUUUAAAUGCAGAUAGAGAGUUCAGAGUUGAUGCUGGAUAUUCAGAUUCCUAAGUGGGGAGAGAGUUUGGACAUCUCACUCAAAAGUACAUCAAAAAAACAGGAAUCCAUGAUAUUAUACCAGAACUCAUCAGGCAUUGGCUCCUAAAAAUCAAGUUAGAGCUGUUUUCACCCAGGGAGUAAGUCCCAUUCAUUUCAACACAUCCUGAGGCCUCGGCUUGCUCUCGGAGGUGUUGUGCAGUAGGACCUGCUCCCCUGAAGGAUGGGGCCAACCUGCCACCGGCUUUACUGCCCAGGCUCGGCCUCCCAGGACAUCUGGCCUGCGGGGAUUUGAAUUGCAGCCCCAAAGGUCCUGCCUUCACACUGUUGGGGGAGAGCAGGGCAUCCUGGCACCUGCAAUCCAUCCCUAACACAGGCUGACACAUUCUUUCUCCUUUCCUUCUCCAAAGGCUUCGAGUUGUCUUCUGAGCUUUUUCUGCCAGUCUCUUGUCUGAAGGCAGACUUCAUUCUGAAGCUUUGGACAGGCUAUCACCAGGAGCCCUCCCUCUUCCCUUCCUGAAUCACACACAUACCCUACCCACCCCUGAUGAUAAUUUUCUCUUCUUGCUGCAAAACUGGUUGGCUUGCAACCCAGAGAGAGCAGCUUCCUUUGGCUCUGGGGGCGUGUUGGCCCCAGCCACGUUUACAGGAAGGUAUGCCCCAGAGGAGGAGGAAUCAGCUCCCUCGCUCCAGUGGCCUUGGGUCCAGGUCUCACUGAACAGCCCGAGGGCCACUCCAGCCCGGCUGGGGAAGAGUCCUGAAAGGUUUGAUGUGGGGAUGGGGUGGUGGGCAGUGGGGAAUAGAUGGUUGACUUUGUUUCUUUAUUUGUGCCAUUGUUUGGACAAUAUUAAAGCUGCAUGUAAAAGGGGAAAUUAGUAUAUGAUAUAGGCGAAAAGUGAAAUCAUAGUAACAUAUGUUUUAGUAUUAUUAACUUUUUUCUGUACAAAUAUUAGCACUAAAUGUUUAAAUAUGUAUGAAUGCCAGAAAUUUGUCAGUUCAUGCAGUAGGAUAAAAAAAAAAAAAAGGUCUUUUCUUUUUAAACAGUUCCACUUUUAAAACCUGCCUCUGGGUUUUUGUUUUUUCUCGUGUGUGUGUGUGUGUGUGUGUGUGUGUGUGUGUGUGUAUGUGUGCUUGUCUGAAACAGACCUUGAUAAAGCUCUGUGUUGGAGCUGCUGGUUUUUGUUAUGGUUGUUGGAAUUUCUUUGCCUAGUAAGACAGUUCUGUGCUUCAUCGUGAGGUUUGCCUUUGUGGAAAACUGAUGAAAGCAAGAAUUUAAACUCAAUGUGAAUCACGUGAUACUUCAGAGGCGUGUGUUUUGGUGGAGUCAGCUGACAGUAUUUUUGUUUUUUAACUCUGUUGUUGCCUUUUCAAGUGACCUCUAUUCUUCUUUUAAAGAAAGAACACUUUCUUUUCAUAUCAUAACCAGAUCCAACCCAGCUUCUUGGCAUGAUUUACCCUGGUAUCAACUCAUGUGCAACUGGUAGUUUUGACCACAUUCCAUCUGCUUCCGCAGGUUUCUGUGGUUCAGUAGCCCAGACCUGUUUGGCAGCCAUUUCUGUUGGUGCAGGGUCUCUUUUUUUGAUGUUUUUUGUUUAAGUCCCCCAGUUUAUUGCAUUUGUUAUAGCAUCCUGAGCAGAAUUAUACACCAUCUUUACCAUCUUAAUCACACGUCGUCAUCUUAAUUAUUUUCAGCGUACAGUUCUUUUGCAUUAAGUAUAUUCACAGUGUUAUACUACCAUUACCACCUUCCAUCUCCAGAAUUUUUUGGAACCUAAAAAUCUUUCAAACCUAAAACACUGUACCCAUGAAACAGUAACUCCUCAUUCUCCUAUAUCCCAACCCCUGAAAACUGCCAUUCUACUUUUUGUCCCCAUUAAUUAGAUUACUACAUCAUAUGAGUGGAAUGACAAUCUUGUCAUUCUAAGAUUGACUUAAAGUACAUUGAUACCAUACAUGUAUCAGAAUUUCCAUUUUUUAUAAGGGUCUCUUUAUUUCUCUCCACUGUAACUCAGACCUUUCCCUCCUCCCCCAGACCCCUGCCUUGCUUUUCUCCCUUUUUCCCCUACCUAACUCCUAUCAUGGGAACUGGUUAAAAACACUGCUCUGAAAACCAUCUUCCAAUUUCAUAGGGAUUUCUAACAAGUUAUUUCAUUCAUUAUCCGCUAUGAACAGUGACUAGCUUUGUGCAAUUGUUUGUGUGAUAUAUGUAUGUCUUUUACUAUUCAGAACUAUGUGCUUGUCACAAUUAUUUCUUGGUUGGUUCAAAGGGAGGACUUGCUGGGGACCAGAAUCCAAAUGGCCUCAAGUGGAAUUUUAAAACCCAGUCUGUCUCUUUUCCCUGGGAUCCCUUAGUCAGCCCCACACCUUUAUGAAAAGGAAAAGCAGAUGAACAAACAGCAAGGAAGAGUGUUUGCAGAGUAUAGUGUCAUUUGGUUGUGUUUUUAAGGUUCUUUUCUUACAAAAUAAGAGACCCUCCAACCACGGGCUGUUUUGAAGGAUACUUGUGACAUUCUGCUUGGGUCUUCAAAUGGUGAGGAUAGGAAUGGUGGGGCAGACCCAGUGGAGGUGACUAAUGAACAUCCCACCUAAAUCCAGUCCUCCCCUUGGAUCCGCCUUUGUCCUGCUUGUGUCUCCAGGCAACCUCAUCAAGUUGGUCAGGCUUUGGGCAGGUGAGUGCUUUGUUGUAUGUGUUUGUUUCUCUGCGUUAUCUAGGGGUGCCUUGAUUAAAAUAGAACUUUAUUACAUACUGAUUCUGGAACAAAACAGUUAGAAAAUAUUUUUAAAAAAAAAAAAAAAGCCGACAAAGUUACUAGAUGAUCCUGCUACUUCUCUUCUGAGUUGCCAGCAAUGACUCAGGCGUCAGAGGUGAUGCUGCAGUGGAAAACCUGACUGUAUGUGUCUGCUCCUGUAUGUUGUGCAAGUAAUUUAUUAACUGUCUUUCUAAAGGUUUGCUGCUUUUCAGAUGCACUUAUAAUUUGGGAUGUAAUCCUUGUAUUGCUUUUCCAAGGAAGUUUAAAAAAAAAAAAAGGCUAGCGAUUAGUAUGCCAACUGCCACUCUCCUUCAAAAGGAGCCCGGACCAGCGACAGGACUUGCGUGAGAGGACUGGCUCAAGUGAAGUGUGCACAGUGUGAAGUUUAAUGCUGUUGUCAAGAGGCCUAAACCCACAUUUUUUCUUAAUAUUUAUGAUUGCCAUCAAAGAAGAAGAAAAAGAAGAAACAGGCAAAGGUUUGAAAAUGAUAAGCCUGUUGAGAAACCAGAAGUCCUGUCCCAGGAAGCUGCUUGACACCCUGUGGAGUAGCAUAGUCCUCGGAAACUGGGGAUGAGCCACCUGCAAAGCUUUCUCAAGUCCCUGUUUGACUACCUGUUUCUCUACAUAAUGCCCCAUUUAAAGUAGGAGCUGUUUUAGAAAUGACUUCAAACUGCUCCACUGUUGCUUACAGUUUAAGAGGAAUUUCAGAUCCAGAAGGGAGCAAGAAUCAAAUUUAGUCCUCAAAUCACUGUAAAUAGACUAAAGAACAAGGGUUUUUUUUGUUUUGUUUUUAUUUUUAUUUUUAAAGAAUAAAGCUGUUUGUUGUAUCA